GUGUAGCAAUCAGUGGGACGGACUCACACCUCAGCCUUCGUCUUCUCCUGCCCUCCGACGUAGUACUGGCCAGCCGCUUCCACCACCGCCGGCGAACAUCCAGUAGCUACAUCUUCCCCGGCCCAACACAUCUUCUUCAAGCACACGUUGCAACUCUCAGGUAAUCAAAUCUCUCAAUACUCAGCCCUCCUUUCUUCCAACGUCAUGUUCCAACUUCCAAUUAAAGGUUGAUCUCCCUGCACUUUUGCUCUAAGAUAGUUCGAAAGGAUUCCAACAUGUUCUCCAACUCACCCCGCAAAAAAAAGCAUGUUAUCCAACUCCAAAGCUCUGACCUAUAUUGUGCCCAAACAGAAGGUACCUCUCAAGCAUAACUAGGCGCCACGAAGAAUAGUUGGCCAGCAAUACAUGGCCGGAAUAAUGGUGAGCGCUUAUACUGGAGCGGUGAACUCCCUCCUGGGUAAGGUGACCACCAUCAUGGGAGAGGAGUUCGCCAAGCUGAAAAACCUGCGAAAAGAGGUGAAGUUCAUCCAUGAUGAGCUUGGCAGUAUGAAGGAUGCUCUCGAGAGACUUGCAUAUGUGGACCAGCUAGAUCCACAGACCAAGAGUUGGAGAAACACACUGAGGGAGUUGUCUUAUGACAUCGAGGACAUCAUCGAUGACUUCAUGCAAAACGUUGGGGACAAAGACAAGAACUCCGGGUUUGUCUACAAGACCAUUCGACGUCUCAAAACUUUAAGAGCUCGACACCAAAUUUCUGGACAGAUCGGAGAGAUGAAGAAACUUGUGCUAGAGGCAAGGGACCGCCACAAAAGAUAUGCCCUUGAUAAGAUUAUCCCCCCAUCAAGUAAUGUUGUUGCCAUUGACCCACGAGUAAAAGCACUCUAUGAAAAGAAUGAACUUGUAGAUUGGCUAGUUGAUGAGGAGAAGCAGUUGAAGGUAGUAUCAAUUGUGGGAUUUGGAGGUCUAGGGAAAACAACACUUGCCAAUGAGGUAUACCAUAGGCUGAAGGGAGAAUUUGACAUUGGUGCAUUCGUGCCAGUGUCUCAAAAACCUAACAUUCCACAUCUUCUCCGUAGUUUACUAUCCCAACUUGGGGUAGAGCCAUCUAUUCAUGCCUGCGAGUCACAUCUUAUUGACAAGCUCAGAGAAGUUCUAAAGAGUAAGAGGUACUUGAUAAUAAUUGAUGAUCUAUGGGAUGUAACAUCCUGGGAAAAUAUUAAAUGUGCUUUCACAGAAAAUGAUCUUGGCAGCAGAGUGAUAGUAACCACAAGAAGUAAACAAGUUUCUAUGGCAUGUUGCCCCACUAGCCAUGAUCACAUUUGUCGUGAUCACAUUUUGCAAAUGAAGUCCCUUAGCAAUGAAGACUCAAGAAGGCUAUUUUUUGGCAGGAUAUUUGGCUCAGAAGAUGCUUGCCCUGACCAGCUCAGAGAUGUUUCUUUUGAAAUUCUCAAAAAAUGUGAUGGCUUGCCCCUUGCAAUUAUUAGCAUAGCAGGCUUGCUAGCAAGUGAAGGUCCCAAAAAAGAGGAGUGGGAACAUGUACGGAAAUCUUUGGGCUCAAUGUAUGGGGCAAAACUCACACUAGAUAGGAUGAGAGAAAUCUUGAACCUCAGCUACAAAGACCUUCCAUGUCAUCUGAAGACAUGCUUGUUAUAUGUUGGUAUGUAUCCGGAGGACUACACAAUAAAGAGGUCGGAUCUGGAACGCCAAUGGAUGGCGGAAGGUUUUGUUAGUAAAGAAAAUGGACAAGACAUGGAGAAAAUUGCUAGAAACUAUUUCAAUGAGCUUGUCAAUAGGAGCCUUGUUCAACCCGUAAGAUUUGACGGCAGUGGGUCGGUGACAGAAUGCAAAGUACACGAUAUGAUGCUCGAUCUUAUCCUGUGUAAGUGUGCAGAAGAGAAUUUUCUCACUGUAGUGGAUGGUUCGCAAGACAAUACAACACAGAAAUACAAGGUCCGUCGGCUGUCUAUUCGCUUGAAUGGUGCAGCUAAUGCAACAUUAUUACAGGGGAAAAUUAGUUUGUCACAGGUUCGGUCCGUUAUGAUCUUUGGAUGGUCUAAUAUUAUACCUCCUCUGUCAAAUUUCAAAUUCCUCCGAGUUCUUUUUGUCGAGGAUUACAGGACAAUCGACCUCACUGGGAUGAGCGAACUAUAUCAGCUAAGAUAUAUACAGAUUGAUGGCACUCGUGAUUAUGUACACAUACCAACACAGAUUGGAGGGCUCCAACAAUUAGAAACAUUUGAUAUACGUCGUUGUGCUAGUGUUCCAUCAAAUGUAGUUCAUUUGCCACGCCUGUUACAUCUGCGUAUUGAACAUGAUAGAGGGCUGCCUGAUGGGAUUGGCAAAAUGAAAUACCUGAGAUCUCUUGAUGGUUUUAAUUUAUCAGUAAACUCACUAGACAACUUCAUUGGCCUUGGAGAGCUGACCAAUAUAAGAGAUCUAACUCUCACCGGAAACAUGGUGAGACAUACGGAUGUUCUAUGCUCUUCUUUGAGAAAACUUUGUAGCCUCGAGUUCCUGUACAUAUGUACCGAAGGAUGCAUGGAUGGCUUGUCUCCUCCCUGCAGCCUUCAAAUCCUCGCCACAAGCUGGUUACCAUGGGGUUGUUGGUUUUCCAGGGUCCCUAACUGGAUGAGGGAACUUCAUAACCUGCGUGUGUUGCGAUUCAAAGUUGAUGAGCUGCUCACGGAGGAUGUUGAUAUUGUUGGGGAGUUGCCAUCCCUCACAGACCUUAUUUUAUAUGUACGAAGACCCCAAAAUGAAAUGAUUGCUGUCAAUGGAACAGGAGCAUUCCCUGUUCUCAAACGCUUUCGACUCACCAUCAGUAGCUCAUCAUGCCUGACAUUUCAGUCUGGGGCAAUGCCCAUGCUCCAGGGACUCUAUUUAACUUUCAGCGUCAAAGGAUGGAAGCAGAACGGGGCUGGACCAGCCGGCAUCGAGCACUUGCCUGCACUUGAAGAGGUGUCUGCAGAAAUCCUCUACAAUGGUACUACAGAAUCUGAAAAAUGCAGCGCUGAAUCCGCCUUUAGGAAUGCUGUCGACAGGCAUCCCAACAAUCCUCGCAUCGCUAUGAAAUAUGGAUGCCAAUAUCGGUUAACUGGGAUAGGUUUGUGAAGACUGAACAACGGAAUGCUGCAUUCAGAUGGAGAUGGACUGAUGUUUCUCCCAACUGUAAGAUCGAGCUACGCGUCUUCACUUCCUGUGCCACCCAAUCCCAUUUACCCUUUGUGAACAUUCAGUUCAUUAUCUCAGUGUUGCGGUCUGUUACCUCUCUAAGAUGAUGAUCACGCUUUGAUUAUGCUUGUAAUAAAUACGGCUUGGUGC